CAGCUCAACCGACUCAAGAAAACCACAUAUUAUUGACAAAAUACCAUCGAGACCAUGGCCAGCCUCAACCGACUCAGGAGAAGCAAGCAACUCAUCAGAUCAUACGCAAACAUCUCAAACAAACACUACCCAUCCAUCACACCACCCUACCAUCGAUUGAUCCAGAGACUCCGCGAUGGCCGAGAACAACUGAUUCCAUCAGCACAACGGGAAAGACUGACCUUGGCAGAAAAGAUCUUCAUCAGUCACUUGGACGAUAGCCAUUUCGAUGGACAGACCAGUCAUCUAACAAGGGGGAGCUCAUUUGUCAAGCUCAAGCCAGACAGAGUAGCCAUGCAAGAUGCUUCUGCGCAGAUGGCCUUGCUACAGUUCGCAACCUGCGAGAUGCGCUCGACGGCAGUGCCGACAUCGAUCCAUUGUGACCAUCUCAUCGCAGCCUCCGAAGGGGCUUCCAAUGACCUCCAACGUGGGAUCGACAGCUCCAGGGAAGUGUUCGAUUUCUUGAGGAGUGCUAGCGAGAAGUAUGGGAUCGAGUUCUGGAAACCUGGAAGUGGAAUCAUCCAUCAAAUCGUCCUCGAGAAUUAUGCCGCACCAGGACUGUUCAUGCUUGGGACUGACUCUCACACACCUAAUGCUGGUGGAUUAGGGGCUAUUGCUAUCGGCGUCGGUGGGGCUGAUGCCGUCGAUGCGAUGACUGAUACGGCUUGGGAGACCAGGUUUCCAAAAGUCAUCGGCGUCGAAUUGAAGGGCAAGAUGAACGCUUGGACCAGUCCCAAGGAUUUGAUCUUGCAUAUCCUCGGUAAACUUACCGUCCGUGGUGGCACUGGCUUUGUUAUUGAAUAUCAUGGGGAUGGGGUCCAUCAUCAAUCGGCAACAGGCUUGGCUACGAUUUGUAAUAUGGGCGCUGAGAUGGGCGCAACGACUUCCCUGUUCCCAUACACAAAACAAAUGAAAUCUUACCUUCAAGCUACCAAUCGAUCGCCCGUCGCAGAAGCCGCAGAUGAAGCCCACGCACAAGGGUUCCUAUCAGCAGACCCCAAUUGUGAAUACGACCAACACCUGUCCAUCAAUCUUGACGAGCUGGAGCCUCACAUCAAUGGCCCUCACACACCCGACCUGGCUACUCCCUUGAGCAAAUUCAAGGCCUUCAUCGAAAAGAAUAACUGGGAUGAUCGGGCUAGUGCUUGCUUGAUUGGUAGUUGCACCAACAGCAGUUAUGAGGACAUGUCUCGAGUUUCGAGUAUUGCUAAACAAGCCCUCGACAAGGGCCUCAAAACUCAGACCAAAUUCAUGAUCACGCCUGGCUCGGAGCAGAUUAAUUCGACCAUUGCUCGGGACGGGAUCAAGCAGACUCUGGAGUCCGUCGGUGGGGUCGUCCUGGCCAAUGCGUGUGGACCUUGUAUUGGGCAAUGGGAGCGAAAAGAAGAAAAAGAUCAGGAGAAUGCUAUUCUUACGUCUUUCAAUCGUAACUUCAAAGCAAGGAAUGACGGGAAUAGGAAGACCAUGAACUUCUUGGCUUCACCUGAACUGGUCACUGCUAUGGCAUUCUCUGGAAAACUCUCCUUCAACCCAAUCACGGAUACGCUGACGGAUUCGAAUGGGAAGCCGUUCAAGUUUGAGCCCCCACAUGGGGAUCGUCUACCGGCCCAAGGAUUCGACCAAGGCAACUUGACAUACAUACCCGAGCCUGUCCCCAGUCCUAAGCCGGAGACGCAAAUCAGCAUUGACCCCAAGUCAUCCAGGCUCGAGAUCCUCAAACCUUUCGAGCCACAUUGGACGGACCUGCAGCAACCGCUUGAGUUCAACGAUCUGAAAUGCUUGAUCAGGAUUCAAGGAAAAUGCACGACUGAUGAAAUCUCGGCCGCUGGCAAAUGGCUCCAAUUCAAAGGCCAUCUCUCCAACAUCAGCGAGAACACUCUCAUCGGCGCUAAGAAUGACGAAAACGGGAAAAUCAAUUCCGCCCUGGAUGCGACUGAUAAUGGGCAAGUCGUCGAAGACACAAUCCCUAAUGUAGCCAAACGAUGGAAGUCUAGUGGCCAGCCCUGGAUGGUUGUUGCAGACUAUAACUAUGGAGAAGGCUCAGCAAGAGAACAUGCGAGCAUGCAGCCCCGAUUCCUGGGCGGCAAGCUGAUCCUUGCCAAGUCGUUUGCGAGGAUCCAUCUGGUGAACCUGAUCAAACAAGGCAUCCUGGGCUUAACAUUCAAGAAGCCCGAGGAGGAUUACCGGAAGAUCUCGGCGGGAGAUCGGCUCUCGACGCGAGGCCUCGAUCGGGUCUUGGGAGGAGACCUCGCCCAUCAGGUCGAGCUCGUCGUCAAUAAACCCGACGGAUCCUCGCUCGUCGUUCCCACCCUUCAUGGCCUUAGCUCCCAGACUAUUAGGUUCAUUAAGGCCGGGAGCGCACUUAAUCUCAUCCGUCAACUCAAAAAUUGAUCACAUUUAGUCCUUUUCUUUGUUUCGAGAGAGCGAGGAAGGGAAGGGUGUGGGGUCUGUCUGGUCUGCUUCGAUCGCUUGCCUCCUUCUGCUGCUCUCGAUUUACCUCCAAGAUAGAAAUACAAAGAUAUAUACCCGAUCUUUUUUUAGCUCGUUAUUCUCGAUUGAUUCAAUGAUGAUGAGGACCGUUCCUCUUCUUUUAUUCUCCCCUCCCCUCCUCCACCUCUUCCCUUCUUUCUCCCGAUCUCUCUCUCUCUUUGUUUUUUUGUCGUUCCUCAUUUCUUGCUCUUAUGAUACAACAUUUAUGAAUAUAUCCUCUUCUUGUUUACUUUCUCUUUUUUUCUGGUGAGGAAAAAACAAC